AUGCAGUUCCGAAACCUCUUCCUGUCGCUCUUCCUCGUCCUCGCGGUCGGCUUCGCCCUGGUCCAGGCUGAGGAGGCAAAAGAGCCUCGCGGCCCAAAGAUUACCCAUAAGGUUUAUUUUGAUAUCCAGCAUGGAGACGAGACCCUGGGUCGGGUCGUGAUGGGCUUGUACGGCAAGACUGUCCCCAAGGUGAGUGCAGUCCUGAUCAGUGCCAUUGAGAGCAGCUCUGACUUUCCUUUCUCUAUCGCUCUGUGCACCGGCGAGCAGGGCUUCGGCUACGAGGGCUCGUCCUUCCACCGGGUCAUCAAGAACUUUAUGAUCCAGGGUGGUGACUUCACCAAGGGCGAUGGUACCGGCGGAAAAUCGAUCUACGGCAACAAGUUUGCCGAUGAGAACUUCAAGCUGCGCCACACCAAGAAGGGUCUCCUCAGCAUGGCGAAUGCCGGCAAGGACACCAACGGCUCGCAGUUCUUCAUCACCACUGUCGUUACGAGCUGGCUCGAUGGCAAGCACGUCGUCUUCGGCGAAGUCCUCGAGGGCUACGAUAUCGUCGACAAGAUCCAGGACUUCCCCCAGAACCGCGCCAACAAGCCGGACGUCGAUGUCAAGAUCGUGAAGAGCGGAGAGCUCGAAGUGCCGGCCGAGGCCGAGGCCGAGGACCAAGAACCCAUCGAAACCCCAGCGCCCGCGCCGGUGGUCACCGAACCGACAUCCUCGUCCUACCCGUCGCUCCAGCCAUUUGUUAUCUUCGUGGUGCUGGUGGCCGUGGUGGUGUUCCUGCUCAAGCGACGCCGCACCCCCCAGUCCGAGGAGAAGGAAUUUGAGGCGUAG